AUGUUCGAGGGAGCGGACAAAUGUUGCCGUGAGCAUGACCACUGCCUGCACAUCAUCCCAGCUUUCAAGAUGAAAUAUGGUGUCUUCAAUCGUAACUUCUUCACCGUCUCACACUGUGAGUGUGAUCAAAGGUUUCGACUCUGCCUUCUGGGCAUGAACGAUAGCAUUUCUAGUAUGGUGGGCUACAGCUUCUUCAACAUCCUGCAGGUUCCCUGCUUCGAGCUCAAGCAGCUAAAACGGUGCACAGAGAUGUACUGGUGGGGAAUGUGCAAAGUUGCCAGAGAGGCACCUUAUGCAGUCUUCAAAAGCCCCUUACCUUACAACAGCUCUGACGUUACAAACAAAUACGAACACGCUCAUAACAACAAUCUGACGAGCAGUGAAGGACAGCUUUUAACCCAAAACCCUGUGACCAGCCCGCAGAGGAAGUCACCCAAAGCUGAACAUAGAUGUGGCCUCAGGCAGCCAUCCAGAGGAGACACCUUCCACCGCAGAAGGGAAAAGGGGAAAGGAUGUAACCGGCAUCGUAAACCAGGUGGAGUAGCCCCCUCACAAGUGCCUGUAACAUCGAAAGCACACACAACAACUCUGUAUGUGAAUAUGGGUCUUUCUAAAAAUAAAACACUAAUCAGAAAGGGCUUGCCAGGCUUUGCAAAAAGAAGCCGCAUCCACCAACCAUCCACCAACCACUUUGCCACCAACUCCAACCCAGCAACAUCAUCUACAACACUUUCAAGUAUUGCAUCUUUAACACAGAGCCUGAAACGUCGACCAGGAUCAACAGCACCAGUUGUACGAGUGACCAAAACCUCCAAAGGUCACAAAAAAAUCACAAAGAAGAGUCGCUGUUGUGAACCCAGCAUGCCUGUGAGGAGAGACACUGUUCAGGGACAUUGUAAAAGCUGUUUGAAACAGGAAGGGGCUUUCAAGAUGACAACUGUUACACCAGCAAAAACAACUACAAGUGGUUUACAAAGAGAACAGAUGAAACAAGAGAGCGCUCAUCUCAAAAAGACAACAGAAACACCUGCCUGGGAUGCUUCAGCAACUCGCUGGAAUGCAACUACCUUUGCAACACCCAUCACUACAAAACUAAAGAGCACAGCCUCUUUUCACAGAAAUAGCAAGCCACAAAAGCGGAUACAUUUAUAUCCACCGUGGAAUAUUAAAAGCCAAGAGACUUUGGGUGGUACCAUAGCCCAAAAUAUCCAUGCAGUGGAAAGCCUGAAAGAAAAUAAUGUGUUUCACAACAUGACAGAUGAUCAGUUCCAGUGUCAAAGCCUCAAACACCUGGAUGACUGUAAAUUCAAAAUUCCUCCACAGGAGAAGAAAUAUAAUCUGGAAAACAAGGAGUCCAAGACUGUUUACCACUGUGACUGCAUCAGCCGUUUGGCUGCUCGAAUUAACAGCUUCAAGCAAUCCAGUAUCGUUCCCUCUCUCUUGAAGGAUUUCGUCUCUCAACAGUGCUUCAAGCUGCCGAAGGAGAAGAAAUUCCAUUGCAAUAAAAGAUGUUCUAGAGGCUUCGCAAAAGCCUCUGACCUACAUCGAGUGCUUAAAAAGACUAAAAGAAAAGACAUUUCUGGAAUGAGAGUUUCAGCAAGUGAAAGAAAAAGAGGGAUUCCUGUUCGCCUUUAUAAACGAUGCCUGAAGCUAACGAAGGGAGCUGAUAAAAUGGCACUGCUCAAUGAUUGAAGACUGAGCUGCUGUGUGCAGCAAUAAUUAACUUUAUAGCUCCCGUGUUUAUUGUUCCUCCUUGAUACUUUGAAAUGGAAAAGUUAUUUGAUUCC